CGUUAAAGAAAAAAAAGGAGAAAAUGUCGCCAUUAAAUAUUCUUCUCUCUCGGUCUCGGUGCCCCCGUUCCUUUCUCUAUCGUUGUUUUUCUCCCGGGAGUCUGAAGCAGAUUCUCUAGAAUUCCCACUUCCCUCAAAAUUCCAAAUCGCAUUCGUUUCUGGACCCGAAAAAAAAAAAGAGUAGGAACAGUAAUAUAUAGGAGAAACCGACUUUGUAGGCUGGCACGGUUUACUGGGUUUUGUUUUUCUUUUCUUGGUGAACUCAUCGUGACUCGUUGCUAGUGAAAGAAACAACUCGCUCUGCGACUCGAUAGUGCUUCCGUCAUCAUCAAGAUUGCACAUUGGUUCAACGAAUUGCAAAAUCUUUUCUGACUUUACUCGACCAAGGCUAGAAACAGAGGGAGCUCGCAUAUUUGCAAUGGUUCAAGAUACUUCUUGUGGUGAUUUACAUCAGAGACGGCCGGUUCUGUUAAAAGAUCAAGUCCAAUUGGUUAAGAGAAAGACUUCUGAUCGAUAUGAGAUUGCUUCAAUUCAAGACCCUUUGUCAUUUGACAAGGGUUUUUUUAUAGUAAUCAGGGCAUGUCAAUUGCUAGCCCAAAAGAAUGAGGGAAUAAUAUUGGUAGGCGUGGCAGGUCCUUCUGGGGCUGGAAAGACCGUGUUCACAGAAAAGAUACUCAACUUUAUGCCCAAUGUUGCUGUUAUUUCGAUGGACAACUACAAUGAUUCUAGUCGAAUCGUUGAUGGCAACUUUGAUGAUCCACGCUUGACAGACUAUGACACUUUGCUCCAGAAUGUCCAUGAUUUAAAGGCAGGGAAGGAGGUCCAGAUUCCAAUUUAUGAUUUCAAGUUUAGUUCCCGUACAGGAUACAGGAAACUUGAAGUCCCAAGCUCUCAUAUUGUGAUCAUUGAGGGCAUCUAUGCUUUGAGUGAAAGGCUAAGACCUCUGCUGGACCUCCGUGUGUCUGUAACAGGUGGAGUUCACUUUGACCUUGUCAAAAGGGUUCUGCGGGAUAUACAGCGUGCUGGCCAAGAACCCGAAGAUAUAAUUCAGCAAAUAUCUGAAACGGUAUAUCCAAUGUACAAGGCCUUUAUUGAGCCAGAUCUCCAAACAGCACAUAUAAAAAUCAUCAACAAAUUCAAUCCAUUUAAUGGAUUUCAGAGUCCUACUUAUAUAUUAAAGUCAGCGAGGAAGGUGAUGGUGGAUCAAGUCAAGGCUAUUUUCACCGAACAUCAUACCGAAACAACAGAGCAUACUUUUGAUAUAUACCUUCUUCCACCUGGUGAAGACCCAGAGGCUUGCCAAUCAUAUCUAAGGAUGCGGAACAAAGAUGGAAAAUACAGUCUCAUGUUUGAGGAAUGGGUGACAGAUAAUCCAUUUGUUAUUUCACCAAGAAUAACUUUUGGGGUUAGUGUGCGUCUUCUUGGUGGACUAAUGGCCUUGGGGUACACAAUAGCAGCAAUUCUUAAGAGAAGCAGCCAUGUAUUUUCUGAUGAUAGAGUCUGUGUAAAAAUUGAUUGGCUGGAGCAACUGAAUCGUCAUUAUGUUCAGGUGCAAGGACAUGAUCGCUUAGUUGUAAAAUAUGUUGCCGAGGAGCUGGGAAUGGAGGGUUCAUACAUUCCUAGGACCUAUAUUGAACAAAUUCAACUGGAAAAGCUUGUAAAUGAGGUCAUGGCCCUCCCAGAAGAUUUGAAGACAAAGCUGAGCCUAGAUGAGGAUCUGGUUUCAAGCCCCAAAGAAGCUCUUACUAGAGCUCCUGCAGAUAGAGUGGCCUUGAGAAAUAAGCAUCUUAAGAGUGGUAUGUCACAUUCAUAUUCAACCCAGAGGGACAUGAAUCUGGCCAAGCUUACUGGAUACGCUGCCAACAGUAGAAGGUUUGAUGAGAGAAACACGGAGUCCCCAGCAACAGUGGCAAACCAGCUGUCAGAACAAAUCUCGUCACUGAAUGAUAGAAUGGAUGAGUUUACAAAUCGUAUUGAAGAGUUGAAUUCCAAGUUAACCGUCAAGAAAAGUUCUUCCAGCCAACAAAACAUGUCUAUUCAAGCAGACGCCUGCAAUGGCUCUGCUCCCACUUCUUAUUUCAUCUCUACUUUAAGCAAUGGUUCGUUGACUGGGUCCAUAAUGCCUAAUUCGUCAUCUUCAUCCCAGCUGGGUAAAGAGUCUCCUUUGAUGGAAGAGAUAUCAGGAAUUGCACGAGGACAACGCCAAAUCAUGCAUCAGUUGGACAAUCUUAACAAUAUUGUCCGAGAGAGUUUGCAAGCGAGGUCUCACCAAGUAAAAACAAACCGGAGAAGCAUUGUGGCUGAUGUUGAACCCAUUGCAGUUCCUAUUAUUUUAUCACUAGCUAUUGGUGGUCUAGGAGUCUUCUUGAUCAAGGGCUUUAUAACUCGAAACUGAAUCUUUCACCCAGUACAGUUUUUACAAUUUUGUGGACUGUUUCAAUUUUGUUCUCUUCCCAUUUUUACUGUUUUCCAGUCUUGCAAAUUUGCAGCACCCCCCCAUGCUCGGGAAAAGGGUCUCUCUCAGUUGACACUUGUCAGUAACUGAUAGUGGUUGUAGAUACUACAACUUAAGAGCCUUCGGUGUUCUAUUCGAGGGAUUUUUAAGUAAGGGGGUACAGUUGUCAAUCUUCUAA